GUCUAUGCUGAUUGGCAGCAGCUCUCCAAGGUCUUAGGGAGUCUUUUCCCAGUUCUACUCAGAGAUGCCAGCAGGGAUUGGGCUCUUUGCAUGCAAAGGAGACGCUCUGUCCCGCCCUGCUUCAUCAUCCAAAUUGCUCCUGCUUUUCCUAAUUGAACCUGGGAGCUUUUGCAAGCAAUCUGAUGCUUUUGUCACAGAGCACAAGUCCUUCCCAAUCAGGAAUGGAGAAAGCAGCUGCCUUAGAACGAGUCAGUCCAACUUCCCAUCUACUGUAGUUCAGUAUUGCUUACAACAGUCACUGACUGGCAACAUGCAAAACAGGAGCUCAGUUACAGAGCUGCAGUCCUCCGCCUUUCCAUCAUCUCCUACGUUAUUCUUUUUGAUAUGGAGAUCGAUUCUGGGACUUUCCUUACUGAAAACAAAUCUUCUGCCCCUGAACUACACACCUGGCUGGCUCCUGCCAGAAGCUUUCCUGUGGAUUAGAGCCCACUUUUACCUAAGGCAAGGAACACGUUCCUCUAUUGUCGGGUGUAUCUCUCUCUAUGCACAAAUGGAUGAUAAGGAAGCAAAAUGGCAAUGACAUGCAACAGGUGCGGUCCGUGGCAAGUCGAUCAGAGCCGAAACGUCAGCAAAAAGACCAUUUGAAGCAGCUGUAAUUUGUGACAACAGAAAUCAUUUUUAUGUGGUGGAAAAUAGAGCCAGAGCUGAAAUGAUUGUAAAAUGAACCCGGUGGACCUUCAAAACCCAAGAGAAUCACCUUAGCACUGCUGAGUAAAUCAGCCCCUGGAGUGGGAUAGGAAACUGCUGUCUUGAUUCAGACCCGAAUGUAUCGAAUCAAACUAUUCAAGAAGUUAACCUAAGAACAUAAGAAUAUCCUACUGGAUCGAGCCAAUCUAAUCCAGCAUCCUGUUCUUGCAGUGGCCAGCCAUAUGCCCCAACUCUGCAACACCUUUUCUGGCCAGCCUCUUUCCCCCGUCCCGCCCCAUCUUAUCCCUGGCUGGUUUCCCCAAGCGAUACAGGAACAGGGAAACUCAGCCCUCUCGUCCCAGAUGAGCAGCAACGAUCCCAGCCUAGAUGAUGCAGAGGAAUCUCGGGGAACAGGUUUGAGCCUCCGGGUCCUCUCAGCCAGGAUGGAGCCAGGAAACUCCACCCACUAUUGCAGCCUAUAAUCUUCCCAAAUUUCCCCACCUGCCUAGCACUCCCAAUUAUUCCCGCUCACCGUUCGGCUGCAGGUGCGCAGCGAGGGAGACCGGAGUUCCAGAAGCCAUGGCCUCCAUGGGCAUCCAAGUCCUGGGCAUCUCCCUCUCCAUCAUCGGCUGGCUGGGCUCCCUGGUGUGCUGCAUUCUCCCCAUGUGGAAAGUGGCCAUCUCCCAGGAAGACAACAUCCUGCUCUCCAAGCGCAUCUGGGAGGGCCUGUGGAUGAACUGCGUGAUGCAGAGCACCGGGCAGAUGCAGUGCACGCAGUACGAGGCCAUCCUGGGCCUGCCGCAGGACAUUCAGGCCGGCCGGGCCCUGGUGGUCAUCGCCAUCGUGCUGGCGCUGGUGGGUACCUGCUUUGCCAUCCUGGGCGGCAAGUGCACCAACUGUGUGGAGGAGGAAGUCCCUAAGGCCCGGGUCAUCGUUGCAGCUGGCGUCUUCUUCAUCAUCUCGGGAUUCCUGCUCCUCAUCCCCCUCUGCUGGGCCACCCAUGCCAUCAUCCAGGACUUCCACAACCCCCUGCUCUCCGUCAACAUGAGACGGGAUUUCGGACCCUCCUUGUUCAUCGGCUGGGCCUCCAGCAGCCUCCUGAUCAUCGGCGGGGCCUUGCUUUGCCUCAACUGCCCUCCGAAAAGCGAGAAGACGUAUUCAGCAAAGUACAUGGCGGCGCGGUCAGGGCCUGCCAGUAACUACGUCUAAGGACUGUCCCCUUCUCCUGAGGGACCUUUCCACCAUGAAGGCAACUGCAGAUGGAGAGGGACCCUCCUUCGCUGCCUGAGCCUCCCCCCACCCUACACUUUUGUGUCUUGACUCUGGAAGCAGGCCUUUGUUUGCUGUGCCCACUGAAUCCUAAAACGGGAACGCGGCUAGGUUGACCACCACCCACCUACCCAAAGCAGGCCGGGAACUGGCUUCCGUCACACCGCCUUUGAGCUGCAGAAGCAGAGUGAGCUUCCAAACUAUCCGGCGGAUGUUAGCUCGCUGAGCUGGACUGCAGCUUUUGAGGGAAGCUUCCUUGUGCCUUUGAAACAACUCACAGCCGCAAAGGGAUGGGACCGACAGCCCCGGGAUGGCAGGGGUUGAGGGUUCGUGUGUGUGUGUGUGUGUGUCUGUGUUCCAGGAGCAUUUCUGGCUUUGCCUAGCGUUGGAACCUGCAUCUCGCUACCUGGCUUGGAACUGUGGAGUGGCAGGGGGAAGCCAGUGAGAGUUUGGGUGCUAAGACUCUGCACUGUGGCGUUGUGGUUAGAGCGACAGGUUAGGAACUGGGAGAGACCAGGGUUCAAAUCCCCACCUGGGCACGAAGCUCACAGGGUGCAAGCUUAGGGACCAGUCGCUGCCAGAAACAUUGUAUCUGGGGCUAGGGACCUCCAGAGAGACUCUUAAGGAUGCUCCGGGUCAAUUUCUGAACCUCUUUCCCUCUGGUUAGUGACUCUAGCCCAGGCAUCCCCAAACUCGGCCCUCCAGAUAUUUUGGGGACUGCAAUUCCCAUCAUCCCUGACCACUGGUCCUGUUAGCUAGGGAUGAUGGGAGUUGUAGUCCCAAAAACAUCUGGAGGGCCGAAUUUGGGAAUGCCUGCUCUAGCCCAUUAUUCAAUCAGUAUCUUUUUGGGGAAGUAGGUGUUUUGACCUAUGCUGGCCUUCUCAGUGUGGUACCCUUCCACCAGUGCCCCCAGCCAGCAGGGCUGUGUGCUCCCAUCAGCUACGGUAACAUCCAACUCUCCUGUUUUCCGUGGCCCAAGCGAUGCUCUGA